UACUAGCACACUGGGCUGAGCCAGCUUAUGGAGAGUUAGAAAGAAGGCUGUGCACAGGGUGAGCUGAAAAAAAACCUGCUUGUGAUCCAAAGAUGCCUAAAUUCAUUGUUAACACAAAUAUAAGCAAGGAUAAAGUUCCAGAAUCUUUUGCAGGGGAGCUCACUCAACAAUUAUCAAAAGCAUUGGGCAAACCAGCACAGUAUGUAGCAAUACAGAUCUCUCCUGAUCAGGUGAUGUCCUUUGGUGGCUCCACAGAUCCUUGUGCUAUGUGCUUUCUCUACAGCUUUGGAAAGAUAGGGGAGCAGGAGAACAAGGUCUACUCCAAAUUGCUUUGUGACCUGCUAAACAACCAGCUGAAAAUACCAUCUGACAGGAUCUACAUCAGCUUCUUUGACAUCAGUCCUGGCAAUGUAGGCUGGAAUAACACCGCCUUUGCUUGAGGUGCCCUGGGGUGGUAACAGCUUACUCCUGAACGCUCGCCGUGGUUUCUGAACGGCAGUUCUAGUCACCUUCUGGUAUCUGCCAAAUGCAAAAGGCAUUGUUACUUUAGUUGCUGCUACCCACUGCUGUUUAACAUCUUGCCUGCUGCUGAAAUAAAAGUAAAAAUACAGCAGAAA